AUGGCGACGUCGCUGCCCGCCGCGCGCCACCUGGCCCGCCUCGUCGGCACGUCCGACAGCCGCAAGGCGCUGCGCGUCGGCGCGCAGAUCUACAUCAACUUCAUGAGCCUCACGCGGCGCUCGGGCUGGCUCCAGGGCCACAUCUCGAAGCAGGCCGCGCGCGACCCGAUCAAAGCCGACCAAGCGCGCCGCGCGCUGCUGACGGCCGCCGAGCGGCACCUCACGUUCGCCGACCUGUUUUCGGGGAAGGGGGCGCUGCGCCGCGACGUGCCGCGGGCGGUGCCGACGCGCGACACCUCCGUCGUGUGGUGCGCGGACCUGCUGCGGCCGCAGGGUUCGAUCGCCGGCCGCCUGGAGGACCCCAGCUUGCACCAUCGCGGCGCGCCCUACUCCCCCAGCACUCUUGACCAGCGUCCUUUCUGCCUUCGCGGCGACGGCGUGGUGGGGUAGAGAGAAAGAAACCGCAACAACGCCAGGCCAAGAACGCCACAAAAAACGCAGGCACGGCGUGGUACGACCACCAGCAGCACCGGCUACUGCAGAGCGGCGCGCGGUUCGAGCAGGCGACGAAGGCGCGAGGCUGGCUGCGGACGCCGGAGCAGGGCGCGCGGGCGACGACGGCCCUCCGCCGCUUCGACGCCGACGGCUCGGGCAUCGUGACGGCGGGCGAGCGCGACCUCGCGCUGUCCAGCUGGCAGGCGGACUACGACGCGACGGCGCGCGCAUUUGAACGAAGCACGGGCACGAGGUACAGACAUCCGCCGGGUACGUUGCCCACCGAACCCGAGCGGCUCCACUCGUGGGCGACCUGGUGGGCCGACCUGCAAGCCCGGGUCGGCAUCACGCCGCCGCAAAAGCAGACCGCCGACCGCCCGGCGAAGGCGGCGAAGCUGGCGGACGCGGUGGCGUCGCAGGCGAGCUUCGUCGGGCGCGUCCUCGCCCUCGGCCCGCGCAUCAUUACGGACGCCUGGAUCGACCGGGCCAUCACGCGCUACGGACAGUUCCUCGAGCUCGCGCGCAAGGACCCCGGCGCGACGCUCGUGCCGACGCUCGACAUUGAUUUAAUCUGGCACGUGCACAUGCUCUCGCCGCGCGACUACCGCGACGAUUGUGAGCAGAUGCUGGGGCGGCUGCUGACGCACGACGAUCAAAAAAGUGAUAAGGAGCUCGCCGGCGCCUUCGAGGCGACGUCGGGGAAGUGGGCCGAGAUGCACGCCACGCCCUACGUGUGGCGCGCCAACCACGUGGACCAUCGCUACUACGCGUUCUGCGGCUCGUGCGGCUCUGUGUGGAAAUCAACCAGUGCGUCGGGUGCACGGUCGAGCGGCGAGGAACCGGCAUCGCCACGCCAUCGAGCAGACGUCGCGUCGAUGGCGUGGAGGACGACGCGACGAUUCGGCACGAACGCGACGUAAAAUUUUGAUUUCCACACAGGUGCGGCUGGGGCGAGGAACUUUUUCAUAGCAAUCUCGGGCACCGCGAGGUCGAAGCGACGCAGGUCGAGGCCAUCUACGGACACUCCGACGCCGACGGCGGGCUAGUGUCCGACGCCGACGGCGGGCUGGCCGAGCCCGAGCUGUGGGCGACGGACGCGCCGGCCGCCGACGCCGCGGAGGACCCGUGGGCGGCGCCGGCCUCCGCGACGGACUCGGAGGACUACUGGUACAGUUCGUCGGACACCGGCGGCUCGGGCAGCUCGUGGGGCUGGGGCUCGUCGGACUCGUCGGACUCGUCGUGCUCGUCGUGCGGGGGUGGGUGUGGCGGCGACUAGGAAUAUAGGAUUUUAAGCAGUUAGUGUGCUAGUUCGCCGACGAGACGA